UCCGUGGCAUUAUUUUGGAUUCUGCCGUCUGCAGAAAAGUUUUUGAGUUGAGUUGAGUAUAUUCGGUGUUCUGUAUUGAAAUUACAACCAAAAUUUGUUAAAAAUAACAUCAAAAUCAUGACUUCAUCGACUAAUGUAAACGGUAACUUAGUCGACGAGCUUGAAGAGGCCUUCCAGUCUUGUAUACAUGCUCUGACAAAAGAAGAAUCAGCUACUGGGGUCGAUAAAGAUGAAAUAAAAUUGGAAGUAGAUCAAACAACUCUGAAAUUCAUCGAUCUUGCUCGUCAAAUGGAAGCAUUUUUUCUGCAAAAACGUUUCUUGCUUUCUGCACUGAAACCAGAUCUGCUGUUGAAAGAAGAAAAUUUCGACUUAAAGCAAGAGAUUGCUCGGAAGGAUGAACUUAUUCGGAAGCAUUACGAGAAAAUUGAGUCAUGGAAAAACUUACUUUCGGAUCAGCAAAAUUACAACAAACCCAUUCAGGCUCUUCCUCCGGAGAUGCGUGGUAAUCUGGUAGGAGGAGCCUCUGGUGCCCAGAGCAUGAUGCCAGCUGGGAUGGGAAUGUCUAUGCAGAAUUCAAUGCAAGUCCAGCAGAUGCAAGCCCAACAACAAAUGCAAUUGCUGCAAGCUCAGCAAAUGCAGCAGCAGAUGCAGUCACUGCCAAUAGGGGCCAAUUCACAGCAUUAUUCUCAGCCUGGUGGAGGCCGUGGUGUUGGAACUGGAGGUCCUGGAUUCCAGCAAAACCCCAACCUUCAAGGACCCUUAGCUUAUCUGGAGAAAACGGCUAGUAAUAUAGAUCUAGUUGGAAUGGGAGAUGGUCGAAGGUGACGCGGACGGGGCAGGGGGCGAGGAAGGGGUCGUGGCCGUGGCAGAGGUCGCGGUCGUGGAAAUGCUCCCGAGUUUCAUAGCAAUGCGUUAUCUUGAGAGAGAAAUAACCUCGGAUAUAUUAGAUGCCGCAUUUAGUCCAUACUGUAAUGUACAAAAACAAAAGCAGCAAAAAAUUAA